GGCUACUGGACUCUCGCGACGAUUUCUGGGAUUGCCCCUCCCCCCUUCUCCAAGGGCCGUUUCGGUUUAAUCCAGUGUGUGACUGAGUCUGUGUGAGGGAGAGAGAGUGUGUGUGUGGUGUGGAGGUGAAACGGAGGCAAGAAAAGGGGCUCCGUCAGGAGCGAGGGACAAAGGGGGAGUGAGGCACCUAGGCCGCGGCACCCCGGCGACAGGAAGCCGCCGUGAGCCGGGCUACCGGGUAGGGGAAGGGCCCGCGUAGUCCUCGCAGGGCCCCAGAGCUGGAGUCGGCCCCAUAGCCCCGGGCCGUCGGCUUCUCACUUCCUCGACCUCCCGGGCGCCCGGGCCUGAGGACUGGCUCGGCGGGGGGAGAAAAGGAAACAGACUUGAGCAGCUCCCUGUUGUCUCGCAACUUCACUGCCGAGGAACUCUCAUUUCUUCCCUCGCUCCUUCACCCCCCACCUCAUGUAGAAGGGUGCUGAGGCGUCGGGAGGGAGGAGGAGCCUGGGCUACCGUCCCUGCCCUCGCCACCCCCUUCCCGGGGCGCUUUGGUGGGCGUGGAGUUGGGGUUGGGGGGGUGGGUGGGGGUUGCUUUUUGGAGUGCUGGGGAACUUUUUUCCCUUCUUCAGGUCAGGGGAAAGGGAAUGCCCAAUUCAGAGAGACAUGGGGGCAAGAAGGACGGGAGUGGAGGAGCUUCUGGAACUUUGCAGCCGUCAUCGGGAGGCGGCAGCUCUAACAGCAGAGAGCGUCACCGCUUGGUAUCGAAGCACAAGCGGCAUAAGUCCAAACACUCCAAAGACAUGGGGUUGGUGACCCCCGAAGCAGCAUCCCUGGGGACAGUUAUCAAACCUUUGGUGGAGUAUGAUGAUAUUAGCUCUGAUUCCGACACCUUCUCCGAUGACAUGGCCUUCAAACUAGACCGAAGGGAGAACGACGAACGUCGUGGAUCAGAUCGGAGCGACCGCCUGCACAAACAUCGUCACCACCAGCACAGGCGUUCCCGGGACUUACUAAAAGCUAAACAGACCGAAAAAGAAAAAAGCCAAGAAGUCUCCAGCAAGUCGGGAUCGAUGAAGGACCGGAUAUCGGGAAGUUCAAAGCGUUCGAAUGAAGAGACUGAUGACUAUGGGAAGGCGCAGGUAGCCAAAAGCAGCAGCAAGGAAUCCAGGUCAUCCAAGCUCCACAAGGAGAAGACCAGGAAAGAACGGGAGCUGAAGUCUGGGCACAAAGACCGGAGUAAAAGUCAUCGAAAAAGGGAAACACCCAAAAGUUACAAAACAGUGGACAGCCCAAAACGGAGAUCCAGGAGCCCCCACAGGAAGUGGUCUGACAGCUCCAAACAAGAUGAUAGCCCCUCGGGAGCUUCUUAUGGCCAAGAUUAUGACCUUAGUCCCCCACGAUCUCAUACCUCGAGCAAUUAUGACUCCUACAAAAAAAGUCCUGGAAGUACCUCCAGAAGGCAGUCGAUCAGUCCCCCUUACAAGGAGCCUUCGGCCUACCAGUCCAGCACCCGGUCACCGAGCCCCUACAGUAGGCGACAGAGAUCUGUCAGUCCCUAUAGCAGGAGACGGUCGUCCAGCUACGAAAGGAGUGGCUCUUACAGCGGGCGAUCGCCCAGUCCCUAUGGUCGAAGGCGGUCCAGCAGCCCUUUCCUGAGCAAGCGGUCUCUGAGUCGGAGUCCACUCCCCAGUAGGAAAUCCAUGAAGUCCAGAAGUAGAAGUCCUGCAUAUUCAAGACAUUCAUCUUCUCAUAGUAAAAAGAAGAGAUCCAGUUCACGCAGUCGUCAUUCCAGUAUCUCACCUGUCAGGCUUCCACUUAAUUCCAGUCUGGGAGCUGAACUCAGUAGGAAAAAGAAGGAAAGAGCAGCUGCUGCUGCUGCAGCAAAGAUGGAUGGAAAGGAAUCCAAGGGUUCACCUGUAUUUUUGCCUAGAAAAGAGAACAGUUCAGUAGAGGCUAAGGAUUCGGGUUUGGAGUCUAAAAAGUUACCCAGAAGUGUAAAAUUGGAAAAAUCUGCCCCAGAUACCGAACUGGUGAAUGUAAUACAUCUAAACACAGAGGUAAAAAAUUCUUCAGAUACAGGGAAAGUAAAGUUGGAUGAGAACUCCGAGAAGCAUCUUGUUAAAGAUUUGAAAGCACAGGGAACAAGAGACUCUAAACCCAUAGCACUGAAAGAGGAGAUUGUUACUCCAAAGGAGACAGAAACAUCAGAAAAGGAGACCCCUCCACCUCUUCCCACAAUUACUUCUCCCCCACCCCCUCUGCCAACUACUACCCCUCCACCUCAGACACCCCCUUUGCCACCUUUGCCUCCAAUACCAGCUCUUCCACAGCAACCACCUCUGCCUCCUCAGCCAGCAUUUAGUCAGGUUCCUGCUUCCAGUACUUCAACUUUGCCCCCUUCUACUCACUCAAAGACAUCUGCUGUGUCCUCUCAGGCAAAUUCUCAGCCCCCUGUACAGGUUUCUGUGAAGGCUCAAGUAUCUGUAACAGCUGCUAUUCCACACCUGAAAACUUCAACGUUGCCUCCUCUGCCCCUCCCACCCUUAUUACCUGGAGAUGAUGACAUGGAUAGUCCAAAAGAAACUCUUCCUUCAAAACCUGUGAAGAAAGAGAAGGAACAGAGGACACGUCACUUACUCACAGACCUUCCUCUCCCUCCAGAGCUCCCUGGUGGAGAUCUGUCUCCCCCAGACUCUCCAGAACCAAAGGCAAUCACACCACCUCAGCAACCAUAUAAAAAGAGACCAAAAAUUUGUUGUCCUCGUUAUGGAGAAAGAAGACAAACAGAAAGCGACUGGGGGAAACGCUGUGUGGACAAGUUUGACAUUAUUGGGAUUAUUGGAGAAGGAACCUAUGGCCAAGUAUAUAAAGCCAAGGACAAAGACACAGGAGAACUAGUGGCUCUGAAGAAGGUGAGACUAGACAAUGAGAAAGAGGGCUUCCCAAUCACAGCCAUUCGUGAAAUCAAAAUCCUUCGUCAGUUAAUCCACCGAAGUGUUGUUAACAUGAAGGAAAUUGUCACAGAUAAACAAGAUGCACUGGAUUUCAAAAAGGACAAAGGUGCCUUUUACCUUGUAUUUGAGUAUAUGGACCAUGACUUAAUGGGACUGCUAGAAUCUGGUUUGGUGCACUUUUCUGAGGACCAUAUCAAGUCGUUCAUGAAACAGCUAAUGGAAGGAUUGGAUUACUGUCACAAAAAGAAUUUCCUGCAUCGGGAUAUUAAGUGUUCUAACAUUUUGCUGAAUAACAGCGGGCAAAUCAAACUAGCAGAUUUUGGACUUGCUCGGCUCUAUAACUCUGAAGAGAGUCGCCCUUACACAAACAAAGUCAUUACUUUGUGGUACCGACCUCCAGAACUACUGCUAGGAGAGGAACGUUACACACCAGCCAUAGAUGUUUGGAGCUGUGGAUGUAUUCUUGGGGAACUGUUCACAAAGAAGCCUAUUUUUCAAGCCAAUCUGGAACUGGCUCAGCUAGAACUGAUCAGCCGACUCUGUGGUAGCCCUUGUCCAGCUGUGUGGCCUGAUGUUAUCAAACUGCCCUACUUCAACACCAUGAAACCGAAGAAGCAAUAUCGAAGGCGUCUACGAGAAGAAUUCUCUUUCAUUCCUUCUGCAGCACUUGAUUUAUUGGACCACAUGCUGACACUAGAUCCUAGUAAGCGGUGCACAGCUGAACAGACCCUACAGAGCGACUUCCUGAAAGAUGUCGAACUCAGCAAAAUGGCUCCUCCAGACCUCCCCCACUGGCAGGAUUGCCAUGAGUUAUGGAGUAAGAAACGGCGACGUCAGCGACAAAGUGGUGUUGUAGUGGAAGAGCCACCUCCAUCCAAAACUUCUCGAAAAGAAACUACCUCAGGAACAAGUACUGAGCCUGUGAAGAACAGCAGCCCAGCACCACCUCAGCCUGCUCCUGGCAAGGUGGAGUCUGGGGCUGGGGAUGCAAUAGGCCUUGGUGACAUCACACAACAGCUGAAUCAAAGUGAAUUGGCAGUGUUAUUAAACCUGCUGCAGAGCCAAACCGACCUGAGCAUCUCUCAAAUGGCACAGCUGCUUAACAUCCACUCCAACCCAGAGAUGCAGCAGCAGCUGGAAACCCUGAACCAAUCCAUCAGUGCCCUGACGGAAGCUACUUCCCAGCAGCAGGACUCAGAGACCAUGGCCCCAGAGGAGUCUUUGAAGGAAGCACUCUCUGCCCCAGUGAUCCUGCCUUCAGCAGAACAGACGACCCUUGAAGCUUCAAGCACACCAGCUGACAUGCAGAAUAUUUUGGCAGUUCUCUUGAGUCAGCUGAUGAAAACCCAAGAGCCGGCAGGCAGUCUGGAGGAAAACAACAGUGACAAGAACAGUGGGCCACAGGGGCCCCGAAGAACUCCCACAAUGCCACAGGAGGAGGCAGCAGCAUGUCCUCCUCACAUUCUUCCACCAGAGAAGAGGCCCCCUGAGCCCCCCGGACCUCCACCGCCGCCACCUCCACCCCCUCUGGUUGAAGGCGAUCUUUCCAGCGCCCCCCAGGAGUUGAACCCAGCCGUGACAGCCGUCUUGCUGCAACUUUUAUCCCAGCCUGAAGCAGAGCCUCCUGGCCACCUGCCACAUGAGCACCAGGCCUUGAGACCAAUGGAGUACUCCACCCGACCCCAUCCAAACAGGACUUAUGGAAACACUGAUGGGCCUGAAACAGGGUUCAGUGCCAUUGACACUGAUGAACGAAACUCUGGUCCAGCUUCGACAGAAUCUGUGGUCCAGACCCUGGUGAAGAACAGGACCUUCUCAGGCUCUGUGAGCCACCUUGGGGAGUCCAGCAGUUACCAGGGCACAGGGUAGGAGCAACAGUGGGAAUGCCUUCUGAGGAAUGCAGUGAUGUCCAUCAGUCACCUCACACCCAGAGCCUGGAAAAUUCAGUCUCUUUCACAGAACCUAAAGCCAAGCCAGGUUCAAUGGGAAAUCCCACCUGUCCAAACACUGUGUGAGACACCAGAAUUAGAGGCCUGCAAGCCUGCUUCCUUCAUCUCCAAUGCCCAGAUGGGACAGGUCACCAGCCUCCUGUGUCUACCCCCACCUUUCUUGCUUGCUGGCUUCCUCUCUCUGCAGUGCCUCUCUCAUCCCUGCAAUCCAGGCAGCACAUGCAGCAGCUCAAAUAAGUGCCACCUCUGGAUGUGAAAAACAAGACCCAGAGAGGGGAAAUCAUUUGAAUCCUGUCCUGGUAUUGCUUUGUGUUCCUGGAUUUGGAGAAUUUCUGGGAACACAGGAAAAGGAAAGCCAAUUCCAUUCCUGGCUACCUCAUCCCCUCCAGUCUGAAAGGACGUGUGAAUGCCACCAGGAUCUGAACCCAAGAUUCCAGCCUCGGUCACCACCCUGACCCUGAGAAUGCCACUGGGAUGGGGAGAACUUGUCAAUCUUCAUCCUUCCCCACAAGUAUACUGAGGCCAGGACAGCACCUGCCUUAGAGAGCUCUUAGAGGGAUUAUCUGCAGCCUGAAGAAAGAAGGUUACAACUGAGGAAGAACUUCUGAACAGGGAAGAGUGGAAGAAAAGACUGCAGUAGGUAGAGCAUCAAGGGAAGCUGUGGAAACAUAUUUUCUUAAGUACAGGCUCAGCUCCAGAAGCAGACCCAGAAUGGCAUCCUUCUCCGGGACCCAGACCCCAGCCCCUCUUCAUGGAAGACCAACACAAAGGAGGAAGUAGGUUAGGGAAUGGUAAGGCUCCAUGUGAUGGGACUAAUGUGGAGAGGCCUGGGGCCUUUCCCUGAGGACUGGAUGGCUGGAGUUUGGGAGCCUGAGUUGACCGAGGAGGCUAAGCCCGGGCAGCUACUUUGUUCCAGAAAUCUAAGGUCCCUGGAGGGAGGCUCAGCUUUGGGAGGGGGAAGGGAGCUAACAUUGCAGAGCACCAACUGUGAGCCAGGUGCAAUGGCAGAGCCUUUCCAUACCUGUACUCACAACUAGCAGGUGAGGUGUCAGGGCAAAUAAGUGUCUCAUGAGCUCCCCAUAUCUCGGCGGUUGACCACCUCCUCCUUUGAUUCUGUGAUGUCACUGCCAGUUCUCCUCCUAUUGCUCUGACCUGUCUUUCUCUGUGUCCUUUGCAAACUCAUUCUCAACUCCUUAGACUCAGUCAAGUCCCCCAGUUACACACUUUCAUGGUACUAUAUAUCAUUCCUUCAGAGCACUUAACACAGUUAUUUCCUAUGUAUUUGUCCAGUCAUUUGAAUUAGUUUCAUUGGAUGGAAAGUUCCACAAGGUCAGUGACCAUUUCUAUCUGUGUUCACCAAUGUGUUCCCAGUGCUCAGAAACAAUGCCUAGCAUAAAGCAGCUGUUUUGUAAAUACUUGUUCAAUGAAUGAAUAAAUGACAAAAGAACAUC